GCCACCAGCCUUUGACUGAUGGGCACAUAAGACUGCAGCUCUGAUGGCUGGGUGUUUGUGAUCCCAUGAAAUCUGGGGUUGCAUUCCUGUUCCUUCAGCUAUCGGCCUUGGGGAGAGCCUCAGUUUUCUCAUUUGAAAAUGAGGACGAUUGUCCUCUGCUCCUCUCUGUUCCACAGACAGCUGCGUCUUCGUGUGCGGCAUCAGCCUUGUUCCGUAGAUGAGAUGGUGAAGGUUAGGUGUGAAUGGAUUUGGCCGUAUUGGGUGCCUGGUUACCAGGGCUGCCUUCUGCUCUGCACUUGGCAAAGUGGAGAUUGUUGCCAUCAACAACCCUUCAUUGACCUAAACUACAUGGUCUGUAUGUUCCAGUAUGACUCUACUCAUGGCAAAUUCAACAGCACAGUCAUGACUGAGGAUGGGAAGCUUGUCAUCAACGGGAAGCCCGUCACUAUCUUCCAGAGCGAGAUCCCGCUAACAUCCAAUGGGGUGACGCUGGUGCUGAGUAUGUCAUGGAGUCUACUGGCAUCUGCACCACCAUGGAGAAGUCCAGGUCACACUUGAAGGGUGGGGCCAAAAGGAUCAUCAUCUCUACCCUUCUGACAAUGCCCCCAUGUUGAUGUUGGGUGUGAACCAUGAAAAAUACAACAACGCAAGAUUGUCAGCAAUGCAUUCUGCACUACCAACUGCCUAGGUCCCCUGGCAAGGUCAUCCAUAACAACUUUGUCAUUGUGGAAGGGCUCAUGACUGUGGAUGACCCCUCUGGAAAGUUGUGGGGUGAUGGCCGUGGGGAUGCCCAGAACAUCAUUGCUGCAUCCACUGGUGCUGCCAAGGCUGUGGGCAAGGUCAUCCCAGAGCUGAAUGGGAAGCUCACUGGCAUGGCCUUCCAUGGUCCUACUCCCAAUGUAUCUGUUGUGUAUCUGACAUGCCACCUGGAGAAACCUGCCAAGUAUAAUGACGUCAAGAAGAUGGUGAAGCAGGCAUUCGAGGGUUCACUAAAGGGCAUCCUGGGCUACACUGAGGACCAGGUUGUCUCCUGUGACUUCAACAGCAACUCCUACUCUUCCACCUUUGAUGCUGGGGCUGGCAUUGCUCUCAAUGACAACUUUGUAAAGCUCAUUUCCUGGUAUGACAAUGAAUAUGGCUACAGUAACAGAGUGGUGGACCUUAUGGCCUACAUGGUCUCCAAGGAGUAAGAAACCCUGGACCACCCACCCCAACAAAGACACUGAACAAGAUAGAGGCCUUCAGUUGCUGAGGAGUCCCUGUCCCAACUCGGCCCCCAACACUGAGCAUUUCCCUCACAAUUUCCAACCCAAACCCCUAUAAUAACAAGAGAGGCCUAGGGAG